UUCGAAAGCCAUAAGUGCUUCUUAAAUCAGGCUAUUUACUCACUUCCGGUGAAGUCAGUUGGCGUUCGUUUAAUAAUUUCACACAAGGCAUUGCAAUAUACCAAAAGAUUCCUGCUGAAUAUUGACAGGCUGCACUGUGGAGAAACCCUGAAAUGAUCAGACAUUAAUGUUACAUUACGGAGGAUGAGAAAAAGGAAAAAAGUUUCAGUAUUAUGAUAGAUGGACUGACGUCACAGUUGCGCCUGCGUGUUAGAUCAUGGCUGGGGCGGAUCCGAGUGAGGCGGACCGGCUUCCAGCUAUUUUUAUUCGUGACCUUUUCCCUUUGCAUGCUGUUCUCCGUGUUCCGGAUUCUGAUUCAUGGCGGAGUGAACAGGUACACGGACAAGUCUUCUACUGACAGCCGCCUCUCAAUGAUCCACCUACUUAACGACCAUGGGGUGUAUGUGAAUUAUUUUGGUAAUUUGACCGCGGGGAACUGGAGCGCGUGGAAUGUCACGGACAAAAGAGAGAUAUGGAGUCACCCUCAACUGGACAUUUUACAUAACGAACUACCAAGUUUUCUUUCAAACUUCAAAAAUCCCUGCUGGUAUGAAGAUCUACGUGAAGCAAACGUUUACCAGUUCAACAAAUAUACCGUCAUCUCGCGAAACAUUCGAACGACCAUGACUGAACUCAUAAAAGAAUGGGCUACUCGUAUUGCCAAAGAUAGGCCUGCACGGCGCCUGCGCUGUCUACCAUAUUUCCUAAUCGUGGGACAACCUAAAUGUGGUACGACCGAUGUGUACCGGAAGAUUGUCAGGCAUCCUGACGUCAUCAACCCGCCAAUCAAAGAACUUCACUGGUGGUCCCGAAAUCGACAGGGUCGUCGACUGAACUAUACCGAUAUAAUACCCCUCUCUGACUACAUAGAUAUGUUCGAUAUGGCAGCUUAUCACAUCGAGAGACGCUAUGCACGUGAUCCGGAAAUAGAAAAACCGGAAGUUCAAUAUCAUCACACCAUUACAGGGGAGGCGAGUGCGUCCAUACUUUGGGAGAACGACGACUGGUUCCAUUUCCGAGAAAACGAAGGUUACACGGAGCCUAGGUACACCAGCGCAGACUACAUACGUCACGUGAUACCCAGGGCUAAAAUUAUCAUCUGUGUCCGGAACCCCACAGACAGGCUGUAUUCGGACUAUCUUUACUUCACCAAAACCAACAAAUCAGCGGAGGACUUUCACAGAGCUGUGACGUAUGCUGUUGGAGUUUACCAGAACUGUACAGAGCGACACUCCGUCAGAUAUUGUGUAUACAACAGAACAAUAGCCUACCUGUCCAGGGUUAGAUUACGUCUGGGAAUGUACUCCGUGUAUAUCAAGGACUGGCUUAAGGUGUUCCCUCCUGAUCAAAUACUGAUAAUCUCCCUUGAGGACUACGCCAAACAUCCUAGAAAGACGCUCAGUAAAAUCUAUAAAUUCCUGGACGUCAGAAUCCUAGAUGGGGAAUCUAUGAGAUCAAUAGCAAAGAUGAAAACAGCAAACAAAAGGAAAAAAUCAGACCGUAAUGUCGGUGCCAUGUUAAACGAAACCAGGAGGCUGCUAAACGAAUUUUAUGAACCUUACAACCAAGAAUUGGCAGACAUUUUAGAGGAUGAUAAAUUCUUAUGGGAACCGGAAGAGAAUGACUACGAAAGUGUGGAGGACAAAUGAAUCUCGAUCCGGAAGUUAAAAUAAAUGCUGAACUUUGAUAUUUGAUUCCAGAGAUGUGUUUUUGUGUUUAUGUUUAUUAGAUUUAUUUCUAUUUAUGUUAUUUUGAUGAAAGAAUUGUUUAUGUGGAUGUGAAGAUGAACUUAUUGUGAUUAUUGAAAUGAAUGACUUGUUGAUUUGCAAGAAACGCGUACACGAUAUAUGUGAUGGUUCUAUAUUUUAAUGUUGUGAAUUUUAAUUCAGGUUUAAAAAUGUGUUUUUAAAGAACACCUUACAUCUAUUUCGAUUUGCGUAUCAUGCCGAAAACUACGGUUGUUAUCCGCAUGUUUCAGUAGCUUUUUAUAUAAAUCCAUUUGUAAUGGAUUUUUUUUACGGAUACAUGAUGAAUGCAUGAAUGUACAUCUGUUUCUAAUAGUUAUUUAAUUGUCCAUGUCGUAUUUUUAUAGAUAUUGAUAAUAUAUAGGUAAGAUAAAGGCAACUAUGGUAAAGCAGUUCAGUGUGAUACGUAGUUAACAUUUUCACGUUGAGUAUUUCUCAUAUUGAGAAUAGUUUCAUAUUUUGUUCACAAUGUGGACCGUUUAUAUAAGACGUGUAUUAUUUUAUAAAAUACACAUGCUAGAAAUCGUUAAACAUAAUAAUCAUAUUAAUUUUUAUAAUACUUUUAAACUUUUUUUUAUAAAACCUUGACUACCUUUUUUCAAUUCAUUGCCUUCUAAUCCCCCCUCUCAUUUCAACAAAUUUCCAAUUACAGUUCAAGAAUGUACAUAGUCCAUAUUAUGUC